AUUAACUGUCCCAUGAAACACAAUAUAUAUUUACUUUCCUCUCUUCCCUCCUUAUCUGAUCAGGGUGUUGCUGACAGAUGACAAUGGCCACGCAAUCUUAUCUUGUGAAUCUGAACUCCUUCCAUGCGGGAACCAGAGGAUGGAAACCUUCGCCUACCAAGUUUGGCUUUGGUGUCUGGAGAAGCUCAAAGUAUCCUGCUAAAACAAAUCUCCAUAGAAGUUCUCCAGUCAUGCAUUGUUGCUCAUGUUACACACAAGUUGGAGCUUCUGCAGACAUAACAACAUUCUCAAUAUUGGAUGCUGUUGCUACACAAAAUUCUCUUUAUUCAGAUGUAGACUUGAAUACUCUCAAGCUUAGUGUACCAGAAACUUUACACGCCGCCUCCACAGAUUUCAUGUCAGGGUUGGUUCUUGCUGAUAUUGAUCCAGCUACUGCAAAACUAGCUAUUGGGUUUCUAGGUCCCUUCCUCUCAGUGUUUGGUUUUCUCUUUAUCAUAAGAAUCGUCAUGUCCUGGUACCCGAAACUCCCUGUGGGAAAGUUUCCAUAUGUAAUAGCUUAUGCUCCCACUGAGCCUCUUCUCAUUCCUACCCGGAAAGUGAUUCCUCCUCUUGCUGGUGUGGAUGUUACUCCUGUGGUGUGGUUUGGAUUGCUCAGUUUUCUUAACGAAAUAUUAGUUGGUCCUCAAGGACUACUAGUUCUCCUUUCCCAAAAAGUCAAUUAGCUAGUUACAUUUUUGGAAUCUGUAAAUGACAUAAUUCUCAAUCCAAUCUUCUUGUUGGAUUCAUA